AUGGAUGCUUCAUCACCGAAUGACACAUGGCCGUUCGGUGAUAAAGUUAUGACUGAUGUAUUCAUAGCUUCGCCGUCUCUCCCCGUCCCAUGUAAUCUACCGGUAGAGAAGCGGCAAAGCGGAGCCGCAAUCAUUCUUCUGAAAAAUGACACGGCAAUUCAAAUGCGUGGAACUGGUUGGUUGGCUCGCUCUGUCGGCCACGUCUGA